UCUUCGCAGCUCUUCACCAGUGAUAUUAUCAUUAUUUGAUGAGUAUAAAAGUCAAGCCACACUUCAUCUUUUACGUUCGAUGAAAAGUCGUCUCACGUAAAUCUUUUAUCAAUUGUCAGGGAAUUUUUUAAAAACGGCUGAAAGACAAAAAAAGGAGCUGCUGUUCUGCUAGAGACAUGAUUGAAAAUCGUAUGAAGUCCAUUUUUGCUACUUUGAUUGCAGUUGUUUUUCUCUUCAUCUCCUGUUUAUGGUGGUUAGCAAAUUUCGAUAGAUUUUCUUACGGACCACUUUUUUCAAAUGAAAAAAGUAGCAAUAUUCAUCAAAAUCAAAGAUUCAUUUACUUGAUACAGACUGAGAGUUGCUUGCACGAGCACUUGAUGAGUACAGCAAUAUUUGGACAAAAGUCAGAGAACGAUGUUCUUGUCCUAUCUUUUGAGAGCAUUUGUACAAAAAAAAAUUUAAGACAAACUUAUAACAUCCAGUACAUUUUUAAGCCAGAUACAACCUGGAGCGAAGGUAGAAACAUUUUGUAUGAACGGGCGAUAAAUUCUUCAAAGGACUAUACCUAUUAUGUUUUCAUGGAUGGUGACCUAACAUUUCAUUUUACAAGUUCAAAAUUUGAGAGAGUAUUUUCAAAGAAUCAAAGCUCACCCUUGCAAACUUUUGAAAGACUUCUCUUGGAAUACGAGCCUGCAAUUGGCAUACCUUGGUUUUGCUCCAAAUGGUCUCAAAACCAGUAUCCAUUAUGCUGGAGACCACAUAGGUAUCCUUUUCGAGAGGUGUUGCCCGUUAGCAUUCAUUUUGAUGCUGCUUGUAAUGCAUUUCACAAUGCAAUAAAGUAUUUGCUUCCUUACCGAUUAAUGUACGAACAUCGGAGUUGGCAUGACAGUCAGAAAUUUCUUAUCAUGGCCGCUGAUUUAAUAUUCCGUGGCCAAAUUGUACAUAUCCUUCCAGUUACUACGACCAACGCAAAGCAUAGAAAAUAUCCCAAAACAAUUGGGAUAAUUGGGCACAUUUGUAUGGGAUAUUGCUGAAUGAAAUACCUCCACAAUACAGGAAAGUCAACAACUGGCUUCCAAACGAAAAAUUGGUGAAAUUCACACCAGUCAUACGUAACGAAACUGUAUAUACGCCAUAUAUGAGAGUAAAGAUUCCAAAUCAUCGAAUUUAUAUCGAACCCUACAGAUAUUUGAAAAAUUUUGAAGUUGAUAAGUUUUAUAAUUGACGAAUCUCAUACUUUUUGCUAUACAAAGAAGCAAGAUGAUCGCUGGAAAAUACGAUACCUUUAAAGGACCAAGAUCAAAAGCUGAACUGCAUGAUUUAUGUAUAGAACACAAGCAAAAAUUGUUUAAAAUUAUUUCCAGAAUUAAUUUCUGAGGACAUUUAUUUUCAUAUAGGUGGACCUAUGAUGUCUGAUUUGCAUUGUUAGCUCUCAAGUUCACCCAAAUGAUCUUCUCAGUUUUUUCAUAAGCCAAGAAUAAUCAAUUUUUAUUUUUAGAGUAAGCAACGAAGUCAAAACCACGAAAACUGAUGUUAAGUUGAGGUUAUUGAUUUAGUGAAUAGUUAAGACAACUCGCAAAUAUUUAUUUAAGUUUGCAUUACUCUAUCACAAAUGCAAUCCAAGUUUAUUUAGGCAGAAACUCUUCAUUGUUUACAGGUUUGUUGAAAAUGCUUACGCCAUCAACGAAACAAUUUCAAAUUCCGCUUGUUUUGGGGUUAAUUCAAAGCGCUUGUUACAAAAUAAAUCUAAACAAUGAGAGGAGCUUGAGUAAACAAGAGUAAAGAAAACUGUGCUUUGAAGUUUUAAGAAUUACACUAUUAAUGAAUAAUUGUUAACCAAAUUGCAACGUGCGCUCAGAUGAUCUUUGCAGCCAUUUUCUUGGUUGAAUAAAUAGUCAAACUUUA